UUCACAGUCUACGAGAGGAGCUUUCCCUGAAAUGAUACAAGUCAACCAAGUAAACUACAUAAAAAAGAGUGGAAAGUGAGUGACGGGCAUCUCUUCUCCUUCACUGAAACUUCUUCCGAAGCUUUGAUGCCCACUACUUGAAAAGCUCUUGAAUUCCUUUCGAAGUAGUAGGAGUUGAGUCAGAUCCCCGAAAAGCAUGGAUGGUAGCAGCCCGAGCAAGAGAUCGAGGCACGAGGAGAGUGGUAAUGGAGAAAGAAGCAAAAUGAGGGGAGUGGUGGUUCUGAUGAAGAAGAAAGUGUUGGGAGUGAAUGAUAUUGCGGCGUCGGUGGUCGAUCGAGUCGAUGAAAUCCGGGGGAGGAAGGUGGCGCUGCAGCUCAUCAGCAGCACGGCUGCCCUUGAUCACGAUUCUGCUCAUCUCGGGGAAUCUGGACCAUUGGAUUGGUACGGGCACACGGUCCGAUGGCUCAGAUGUCUCGGGACCUGCAAAGGAGGAUGUUGCUUUACUGGGAAAAAAGAGAGUGAGCCAAUUGCAGAAAGUUACAGAGGGAAAGUGGGAAAGAAGGCAUACCUUGAAGACUGGAUUACGAAGAUCAGCCCUUUGACAGCAGGGGAUACUGCAUACGAUGUCACGUUUGAGUGGACUCGAGAGAUGGGCGUUCCCGGGGCGUUCACGAUAACAAAUUUUCAUCACAAUGAAUUCUACCUUAAGACUCUAACUCUUGAAGACGUCCCGGGCCAUGGUCGUGUCCAUUUCAUAUGCAAUUCUUGGGUUUACCCUUCUGAAUAUUACAAGAAAGACCGCAUCUUUUUUGCUAAUCAGGCUUAUCUUCCCAGUCAAACGCCUGCACCACUACGUGGUUACAGAGAAGAAGAAUUGGAGAAUCUGCGAGGAAAUGGUACCGGAAAACUUGAGGAAUGGGAUAGGGUCUACGACUAUGAUAUCUACAAUGACUUGGGUGAUCCAGAUAAAGGUCCAGAGCAUGUGCGUCCCAUCCUUGGAGGUUCACCUGAAUUUCCAUACCCUCGCAGAGGAAGAACUGGACGACCUCCGGCUUCAUCAGAUCCUAAAGUUGAAAGCAGAAUACCACUUUACAAUAGCUUGAGCAUCUAUGUUCCAAGGGAUGAACGGUUUAGUCAGCUAAAGAUGUCAGAUUUUGUAGCAUAUGCUCUAAAGUCGAUAUUUCAGUUCCUUGCCCCUGAAUUUAAGGCCCUAUUUGACAAAACUCCUGAUGAGUUCGAUUCAUUUGAGGAUGUGCUGAAACUAUAUGAUGGUGGAAUCAAGGUAUCUAAUGAUUCUUUGAUGGAAAAAAUCAGAGAACGCAUUCCCUUGGAAAUGAUAAAGGAGUUACUUCGAUCAGAUGGAGAAAAAGGAUUCAAAUUUCCACUGCCACAGGUCAUCAAAGAGGAUAAAACUGCUUGGAGAUCUGAUGAAGAAUUUGCUAGAGAAAUGCUGGCUGGAAUCAAUCCUGUUGUUAUACGUCGCCUUCAAGAAUUUCCCCCAGAAAGCAAGCUAGAUCCAGAGGUGUAUGGAAAGCAAUCCAGCACAAUCUCUGAAGAGCACAUAAUAAACAGCCUAGACGGGUUGACCAUUUUAGAGGCGAUCCAGAACAAUAAGCUGUUCAUAUUAGAUCAUCACGACAACUUGAUGCCGUAUCUGAGAAGGAUAAACACUACAGCAACAAAGACUUAUGCAACAAGAACAAUUCUUUUCUUGCAAAAAGAUGGAACUCUGAAGCCGUUAGCAAUCGAACUAAGCUUGCCACAUCCAGAUGGGGACCACCAUGGAGCUGUAAGUUCUGUAUAUACCCCAGCAGAAGAUGGACUUGAAGGUUCCCUUUGGCAGUUGGCUAAGGCUUAUGUUGCCAUAAGUGAUUCUGGCUAUCAUCAACUCAUAUGUCAUUGGUUAAGUACUCAUGCAGCAAUUGAACCAUUCAUAAUCGCCACCCACCGGCAGCUGAGUGUACUUCACCCAAUUCAUAAGCUUUUGCAGCCUCACUUCCGAGAUACUAUGAAUAUAAAUGCACUGGCUCGGCAGACCCUCAUAAAUGCAGGAGGCUUUCUUGAAAUGACGCUUUUCCCAGGAAAAUACGCCCUGGAAAUGUCGGCUACCAGUUACAAGGAUUGGGUUUUCCCCGAUCAGGCACUCCCUGCAGAUCUUAUUAAGAGAGGGGUAGCAGUUGAAGACUCUAGCUCACCAAACGGCGUUCGUUUACUAAUUGAGGACUAUCCAUAUGCUGUGGAUGGACUCGAGAUCUGGACAGCAAUCAGAAUGUGGGUUGAGGACUACUGCAACCUUUACUAUAAUACUGAUGACAUGGUUGAGAACGACAUUGAGCUUCAGUCCUGGUGGAAAGAGCUACGAGAAAAAGGACAUGCAGACAAGACAAAUGAACCAUGGUGGCCAAAGAUGAAGACACGGAAAGAACUGAUCGACUCCUGCACCAUUGUCAUAUGGGUGGCAUCUGCCCUUCAUGCAGCAGUUAAUUUUGGACAAUACCCUUAUGGAGGCUACCUGCCAAACCGUCCAUCUACAAGCCGACGAUUCAUUCCAGAGCCCGGCACUCCUGAGUAUGAAGAACUGAAAUCGAAUCCUGAAAAAGCUUUCUUGAAGACAAUUACUUCCCAGCUGCAAAGUGUGCUCGGGAUUUCCCUGGUAGAAAUACUGUCCAGGCAUUCUUCUGAUGAGAUUUUUCUUGGACAGAGGGAAUCUCCUGAAUGGACAUCAGAUGCUGGUGCACUCAAAGCUUUCGAGAUGUUUGGGAACAGGCUGGUAGAAAUAGAGAAAAGAAUAAUGGAGAUGAACAAUGAUGGGAGAUGGAAAAACAGGUUCGGGCCGGUGAAGAUGCCUUACACUCUGCUCUACCCCAGCAGUGAUAUUGGACUUACGGGCAGAGGGAUUCCAAACAGCGUUUCGAUAUAGAGAUCUCUCCAAGUAAGUCUUAGUAGUACAUCCCGUCCUUGAGUUUUUACUUUAGCCAAGUCUUGUUAGGAUCUGCCAAUAAGAUUACAUAAAGUUCUAUGAAGAACUCCAUUCCAACUAUAUGCAUAUGGUUAGUGCCCAAGUUCUGGUUUGAAAACGACCGAAUCGAAAUUCACAUGUAUUGAUUGGCCUCACAAAAGCAAAUUGUAGCAUUAUUAUAUGGAACCAUGAGUUGUAAAUUAAGAAUUUUUUGACUACUCUAUUCAUCAGCUCACAUUUAUAAGGACAAGUAAUUAAUAUCUCUA